UUGGCGAAGAAGAUGGCGCAUCUGGAGAACGAGUACCUGACGAAGAAGUACCAGAAAUGGGACCAUUUCAAGGACGAUGAUGAUGACGAUACAGCAAUCCCUGCAACUUCCAAGCCCACGCAGUAUGACCAUGCUGGCGAUGCGGAGAUUACGAUUGUCGACCAAAUGCUGCUGACUCCUGCCCAGCUCGAAAAAUACAAGCGCAUGGACCAAACUAAGUCGGAGAUUUGGCAAAUCGUGGUCCGGAAACUUCGCGUUUGGAGUGCCUCCAGCGAAGGAGCUGCUGAGGGAGACGAUGCAAUUCCGUGCCGUCCGUACGCCAUUCUUGUCAACAACAUUUAUCCGUUGGGUCAGGUCGUUUCCAAGAAAAUUUGUGACCCGCCAGAGGUGUUUCCAACAGCACAGGAAAUUCUUGCUCUCAGCUUGGAAGCGAUGGCCGAUCCCCCGAACUGCAUUCCGCAACAUCGACCGGACAAGAUCGUGUUUGCAGACAAGAAGUUAGUCGGGGAACUUCGUCUAUCGUAUGCGGCAUUGGGUAUCGAAUGCACGUACUUGACGGAAUCUGAAGGCAUCGACGCGUGUAUAGCCGAGCUGUCGGGGCAUUUGGUGCGGAAGGAUAUGGCAUCGAUUGGUGCUGUUAGCGAAAAACCAGGCUUGCUGUCGCUGGGGCUGACCCAAGAUCAAGUGGUGGAAUUUUACGACACCUGUGCAAAAUUCGCUGAGUUGCAACCAUGGCUUCGCCUUGUCGAGCGCCAAGCGAUUCAGAUUGAUGCCACGUCAUCCCUGUCAUUGAGCUCAAAACCCCAUUCUUCGGUACAAGGCGGGUCCGUCUAUGUGUCCGUCUUGGGUCAUGUGGACGAUCCAAACACAGAAGACAGUUUGAAAGGGUUGGCGUUGUUCUUCACUCGCACAGACUUGCAACGCCGCGUUUUGCCUCCAGGACAAAAGUUGGCCUUGUUGGAGAACGCAAAGCUACGUCGAUGUGCCGCGUGCGACAAGAAGGCUGCUGAGGACAAAAAGCUUAAGCGAUGCACGCGCUGUCAAUGUGUGUUUUACUGCGAUGCUCAAUGCCAACGCAACCACUGGAAGGACCACAAAGUAAACUGUGUUGACCCGUCGAAACAAAGCACCGAACAAAAGGUGACGUGGGGCGCCCGUGAGUUGAGUGUUUUUUUCGGCAACAUCACAGCCAUGCCGUUCGACGACCUGGACGCUAUUGACAAGUAGGUGGCCGACAACUCCAUCGCAGUGGUCUCAUGAACAACUUGAUGAAGAUUCCAUUGCCGCGUUGCCAAGGGGAACAACUUCUACCCGUCCCCCAUCCUGUUUCGAAAUGGCGAAGCGACACUCCCGACUGGCGCCGACUUGUUGUGGCUCGUGCGAGGGCUUCAGUCUGUCAUUGCGAUGGCGACCCAGUACCCAAACUUUGUCAACGCAACGAUGCCGGAGCUCCUUGGACUCACUGAUGACGAAUCCAAGGUUACGCUCAAGAUUCGAACGAUGACGCAGGAAGACGAAACGGUGGUCGUGCGGAACAGCUCCGUCCUCAGCAUGCAGGACGUCGACCUCCUUCGCAACGCAAUCAAACGACGUGACGAAGAGAAGGCGGCCAUCCCUUCGCCCGCGCCAACCACCACCUCUUCACAAGUAGAAGCGCCUCAGGACGCCGAAAGCGCGAGUUCGUGCGCUCUCAUAGCACUCGAUCCAUCACGACCACGCCAUUGAUCGCACAUGGGGUUUCCAUGCGCAUCUCUGCAUAUUCCACCUAGAAUGGCCAUACCAACGUCGGUGUGCCUCCGCGCAUGCUCGUCUGCUCCACCCGUUCAUGAAGGCCAGGUCUUCCAUCGGCUUCAUGGACCUGCUGCGCGGCGCUUUGCUCCAUGCCGUCCCGCGUUUCCCGGGCGCUCGAUCGACUUGGAUCUUCAACGGUUCGAAAUCGACCAAUCACGG